UCGAAGUCCUCUUCAAAUCUAGCCCUCGUCUUCGAAGACACAUGUCUGGCACACACAAGAUUAAGAUCGCCGCGCGCCUGCGACCUCGCAUCGAGCAUGAGAUUGAUGACCAAGGGAUACAGAUAACGCACGAUGAAGACGUAGAAGGACCGUCGUGGAUUUGCGUGCCUAACCCACGGGACGUGACGCAAGUCUUUCGCUUUCCAUUUACCAGUUGCUACGACCAAGAUUCUACACAAGAGGAGAUCUUUGAGCAGGAUGUGAGACCGCUCAUUGACGUUGUAUACAGUGGCGUCACCGUAACAAUCUUUGCGUACGGGGUAACAUCCUCUGGCAAGACACACACAAUGCAAGGAACAAAAGUAUGUCCUGGUGUCAUCCCAAGAGUUGUUGAGGCCAUGUUCGAACAGAAAUCAGCGUUGCUACGGUCCAACGUCGAACUUGCAGUAUCGUACAUGGAAAUAUAUAAAGACGAGUGUUAUGACUUGCUAGUUGAUAGGGAAACGGCUCCAAAGCUCCCAGUACGAGAGAAUGAUGUGGGCCAAGUCUUUGUUGCAAACUUGAGUUCCGUGCCGAUAGCCUCAGUCGAGGAAUUCACUACAAUUUAUUCUCAAGCAUCAAAGCAACGCUCAGUGGGCGCAACGAAUCUUAACCGUUCUUCGUCUCGUUCGCAUGCGAUGUUAACACUGGAGGUAACAAUGACUGAUUCUUCGGCAGAAAAAUCAUUGACGGGAAAGAUUAACCUCGUUGAUCUUGCUGGUUCAGAGAACAACAAGCUAACUGGGAACGACCCGACGCGGAUGGCUGAGAGCGCAGCUAUCAAUAAGAGCCUGAGUGUCCUCGGGCAGGUUGUACAUGCAUUAAACCAGGGGGCUUCUCGAAUACCAUAUCGCAAUUCUAAGCUCACGCGUAUCCUCCAAGAUGCCCUUGGCGGGAAUUCCGUCGGAUUGCUCAUCUGCAAUCUUGCUCCUGGAACGAAAUUCAGGCAGGAUACGCUGAACACGCUGAACUUCGCAGUGCGGACAAAGAACGUCGAGAACAGACCGGUGGUCAACGAGCGCGACAUGCGACCCCAACCCAAACCCCACUUUGCAGCAAUCCUACCACCACCUCCGAAACUUGCACCUGCCGUACUCCAGCCUUUAGAGGCUGUCGCAGGUCCAUCACGUGGUCCACGUCCUAGCAUUGCCCGUGCUGCACCCAGACCAAGUCUUGCUGGCGCAGGUCAAGGCAGAUCUCGUGUACCACGCGCCAGUGGCAUUGGGGUAUUUAAUGUCCAGAAGGGAUAUCGUCCUUUGGGAGUACCUGCACUUAUUAGCGAGGCAGCGGAGACAAGUAGUAGCUCAGGGAUGAUGCAGUUGACAGAUAAGGAAAUUGAUGAGCGGAUCGCAAGAGCCGUCGAAGUUGAAGUUGCACGCCGUCUCAAGGAGCGCGAAGAACUUGAACGACAGGAGAAGGAGAAUAUCACUUUGCAGUUGAAUCUUCAAAGAGAGAGGGAAAAAGAAACUUUGAAAGAAGAGGACCAAAGACUUCCGACUGGUGUACUUACCCCACUUAUGGCCCGGCAUCGAGAUCUGGAUAAUGAACUCCGUGCGAGGCUCGAGGAGUUGGAAGACAAGUACGAACGCGGGACCAAAGAACUUCAGCUAGCAGAUGUACUUUCACCUAGUUCGCGGAAGAAAACCGGACGUGCAUACGUGAUGCUGGCUCGCGCUCACUCCGAAAAGGGCGAUCUCCAAGUAGCGCUCGACCUAUACCGCAAAGCCGAGUCAUAUGUCCCAGAUAACGUCAAGCUGAAAGAGAGAGUCAUCGAGAUCGAGUGGGCGGUGAAGAAUGGCACCACGUUCGUCCCUUCUCCGAAGAAGCCCAGAAAGGCAAAGAAGACGAAGGCUGGAAAGCGCAAUGCUGUGGGCAAGAAGGUCAUGAGUGGAGACGAGGAUGAAGAGGAUAUGCCUGUGGAUGGGAUCCAUCAGAUGCUAGAAGGCGAGUCGAGUGGAUCCGCAAACCCGCUGAAGAGGUUCAAAUUUGAGGAGGAUGUUGUGCAGGUCACGUCUGAGACUCCACAGAAGAAGGUCAAGUGCGAGAUCAAGGUCGAGGGAGACGUAUGAGCUUUUGUUUAGUUGCAGUGCCGCAAUGUCACAUGUAUGAUUGUUUUGUGUGUAAUUUAUUUUCCACCCGGUG